AUGUAUCUCAAGGGCUUCACAGAUACAGCCGAUCCUUGUCUUCCAGCUCAGAAACAUCCUAACUUAGAAUCUUAUCCUAUCUACUUAGUAGCCAAGAUCUUGGCAAUCAUUUCUAUUCUAUUCAUCGUGCUCUCCACUAUCGCUUUGUCUCUUAACACCCUCCCAGAGCUGCAAGACACAGACGAGUUUGGUCAGACAACUGAUAAUCCCCAGCUGGCCCAUGUGGAGGCGGUGUGCAUUGCUUGGUUCACUAUGGAAUAUCUUCUUCGCUUCCUUUCUUCACCAAACAAAUGGAAAUUUUUUAAAGGUCCCCUCAAUGUCAUCGACUUGCUGGCCAUCCUACCGUAUUAUGUCACCAUAUUCCUGACCGCGUCCAACAAGAGCGUGCUGCAAUUCCAGAAUGUGCGGCGGGUGGUGCAAAUCUUUCGAAUCAUGCGGAUUUUGCGCAUCCUCAAGUUGGCACGUCACUCCACUGGGUUGCAGUCACUGGGCUUCACGCUACGACGGAGUUACAAUGAGCUGGGCCUGCUUAUCCUCUUCUUAGCAAUGGGGAUCAUGAUCUUUUCGAGUCUAGUUUUCUUUGCUGAGAAGGACGAGGAUGACACCAAGUUCAAGAGCAUCCCUGCCUCCUUCUGGUGGGCCACUAUUACCAUGACCACUGUUGGAUAUGGGGACAUUUACCCCAAGACGCUUCUGGGAAAGAUCGUUGGUGGACUCUGCUGCAUAGCAGGAGUGUUAGUUAUUGCCCUACCCAUUCCCAUCAUCGUCAACAACUUUUCUGAAUUCUACAAGGAGCAGAAACGGCAAGAGAAGGCCAUAAAGAGACGGGAGGCUCUAGAGCGAGCCAAACGCAAUGGCAGCAUAGUGUCCAUGAAUGUUAGAGAGGCGUUUUCCCGUGGUGCAGAGCUUCUGGAUGUGGUAGUCAUGGACAAGGGUGAGAGAACCCAGGACAACCAUCUCUCACCCAGUCGAUGGAAAUGGUCAUCCAAGCGGGCAGCUUCAGAGACCAGUUCUAAUCGUUCUUUCAACCCAGACCAAGGUUCUCCUAGCAAGGCGAGAGCUUCUAGUCCACAGAGGCUUAAUGCACAGAAACUAGAAGAGAUGUACAACCACAUGGCAAAGACUCAGUCACAGCCCAACCUGAACACAAAAGACAAAGGUUCAUCCCGAGCAGGCCAUAGAAGGGAUGAAAUUGAGCUGGGAGCCUUGCCAGGUCAAGGAGGCGACCCACUGAUUGGGGGUCGUGAAGGGGUGGUAGACAUGAAAAGUCUGUCGAGCAUUGACAGUUAUAUCAGCUGUGCAACAGACUUCCAAGAGAACCCACGAUUCCCCUACAGUCCGGCAGGAGGUCUAUCCCUCCCAGAGAACUCUCGGUUCUCCCACAGCCCUGGUUCUGGCCUCUCUGGUCGGGUCAGUGCUAAUCCGAGUCUGCAGACCACCUUGGAGCAUGAGACUAUGCUCACACCACCAUGUUCUGGUGCUAAACCUCUCAACAGCGAGGGUUCGUGGCAACAAGGACUUCUCGGAAACUCUCAGAAAAUGCAUUCGGUUAGGGUGAAUCAUCGUAAUUGCAGGGAGGCCAGUCUAUCAGGUGGUCCUCUGUCUGACAGCUCUAUUCUUUCUGACCACUCCAUCCUAAGCCCCGAGGUGUCUGUCUACACAACAGCCAGCAGCAGGACUCCACCUAAGACACCCGAGAGAAAAGCACUCACCCCUGCAGUCUUCACUUUUCACGACGCGUCCAUCAGCAAGUACAUCGAUGCUGACACAGAUGACGAGGAGCACUUGCGCGAAGGUGGCCCAUCUGACCGCCUGCUGGGUGGCCUGAGCUCCAAGCCUCGGCUCAGUGGUUACCAGGGGGCCACCAACCACUUGGAAGCUGCCCAAAGGCUGCUCGGUCAGAACUGCCUAUUCCCACUGGGAAGUAGCCCAAGUGUUGGCCAUGAGAACCAUGUGGCUUCAGAGAACUCACGAAGGCCUAAAGGGGACAGGGGACAUUCCAACGCAUUUGAUAAGGGCCUCUGAGGCCUCAGGGUCGUGAGUUGGACUCCAAAGGGAGUCCAAGAAGGGAAAGAAGGCCAAGUUCAGUCAAGGACUUUGGGGAAAGCAGAGACUAAUGUACAAUGGAGAAUCGUUUUACAGGCAUCUGACCAGGGGGCGUACCCUGGUGACUUUAUGCGGGAGAGUUCACUGGAAAACAGUGGUCAUGUUACAUCAUUAAGGAACAGGAUCUUGAGGAUGUACCACUGCCUACACCUCUUGCCCUUUUUCCUCUUCUGUAAACAAGCCUGCAUUGGUGUGUCGCAGGGGUAAGAUAAAGCCAGAGCGGAUCUGGUCUACAGUUGUUUGUGAAAAGAACAGAAUGUAUGCUAAAGCUUAAUUAGCUUGAGGCUGAACACUUACCAGACAUUUAAGCGCAGAUGUGUAUGGUAAAUCAAGGGGGACAGUCGUCACUGCCCACGUCAGCUAGUCACUGUCCAGAGCCCACCUUAAAGAUUAGCAUUAGAGACAUGUUAUACCCUGUUUACUAGUGCAUCCUUCCCCUGUCCCUUAAUAAACUGAACUGGCCUU